ACUGCAGUGAUCUGAUUCAUCAGAGCGAUUUCACUCUAGUCCUCUAGAAAACCCGAAGGUGAGUUUUCACUGAGGAACUGCAGAACUGCCUGACUCAGAGAGGGGCUCGGGGGCUUCAACUUCAUGCAUAUGGAUAUAAAGUGGUGAAAGGGCAAAGCUCAGAGUUUGAUUUUGGACCAACUAAGGAACCAGAUGGGGGAAAAAUGAUUUGCCAGCCAGCCAUUGCUGCAAAGGAGUUUUGAUCUUUGGCUUUGGAGGGCUUGGUUUUGGAAAAAAAUGGACUACCUUUUCUGAUAUUUGAGCCUUCAGUUUUGGGUCCUUCAAAGAGGAAUACUUUCAAAGAGGAGCUGUAAAAGUUACUGCAUGGCUUUAUGAAGAUUACUUCUAGCUCCAUAAAUGUGAACGCUGUAUUAUUUCCAGUUUUUCUUCUUGUCUGAUUGGUUGAUCUGAUGACUUGUCCUCUGCUCUCCUCCCUCAGCUAAAAAUGGCAUUCGCCGGAAUCCUCAACGAUGCUGACAUCACUGCAGCCCUUGCAGCUUGCCAGGGUAAAUCCCACUAUAAAAAUGACACCGCAUGCAACAUUUAAGAGUCAAAUUAGAAGUUGUACAUGCACAUGCAGUUUCAUGUCUACUUUACAAGAGAACAGCUUUGAUUAGUACUUUUUCAUUUGCAAAUCACAUUGCCACAUUAAAGCUGCAGCCAGUUGCUCCAUUAUGUGUCUUUUCUGCACUUGAAUUAGCAGGAUUAUAUUUGCAAACAAAUCUUGGAGCCAGAUCAAUAGUGUUGCAAGCAUGUGUGAUGUACCAUUGGCAUAAUUCUCAUGCAUCUGAUUAGAAAGCAUGCAUUUCCAUUCAUACAAGUAAAGCUAAUUUAAAAUGGAAAACACCUGCAAAUGGAGCUACAAUGCCCACUUAAAAAUAGGGCUGAGGUAUCAGACCAGAAGCAUCCGGUAGAAUUGCACACUUCUUCUUAUAUUCUAUAAGUCUUAUCUGCUCUCUUCUCUGUUUCUGCACAGCUGCCGACUCCUUCAAGCACAAGGACUUCUUUGCUAAGGUCGGCCUGGCUGGCAAGUCCGCCGAUGACGUCAAAAAGGCCUUCGCCGUCAUUGACCAGGACAAGAGUGGCUUCAUUGAGGAGGAUGAGCUGAAGUAAGCACUACUAUAACAUUCACUAAAAGCAUUUUUAUUUGGGAAAUCUAAGAGAACCUUAAUUACACAGACUAAGAAGACUCAAAUGUGCAGUUCAACAUACAUCUGAAAUAUGACCCCUCAAGACUAAAAGCUUCGGGGCAUAAAUGAAGCUAUAUUUACUAUAACACUCAGUAUCUCUUUGUGAUCAUCUCUCCAGGCUGUUCCUGCAGAACUUCUCCGCCUCUGCCAGAGCUCUGACCGAUGCUGAGACCAAGGCUUUUCUCAAGGCCGGUGACUCUGAUGGCGACGGCAAGAUCGGAGUUGAUGGUAAGAAAAUAUUUACCUUUUUUUUUCUUAUCUUUUCACCAAAAAUUCAUCUUAGAUAAAAACCUGAUUAAUCAGCUUCACAUGGAAGUAAAAAAAAUGUUAAGAUCUGUAAAACUAACUCAAAAUUCUCCCUCUUGUUUCCUUGCAGAGUUUGCUGCCCUGAUCAAGGGAUAAAUGGAUUAACUGACCAACAUCUCUACAACUCUUAAGGAACAAUUGGAGCCAAGGCUAACUCCUCCUCUCUCUCUUCCCUAACACUCUCUCUCUCAACUCACCGAACCUCUUUUUUACAACCGACCUUUCACCCCUAACCUGACCAUAAGCAGACUGCGACCCCUCGCUCUCUCUCAAUGACAGUGCUCACCCCUUUGCUCUCCACGAUGAAUGUACCUGACUAAGUGUAUGGCGUGGUUGACUUGUGUCUUUCUCUCUCUCUCUCACUUCUGUCAUCGUUUUACUAUGUGAGUUUUUGCUUACCUUGAGAUCAGUGAUGGUGCACUUUUAUGGGAAACGGACGGACGAUGAGAAACAAUAAAGGUUCUUUUUCAGUAACACAAGUCUUGGUCUGGUCUUUGGAAAGGUUGUAAAUCUGUGAAUCAGCAAACGAAGUCUCAAAGAAAAACUUUUGACAGUUUAAGUAAAAGUCACUUCAAAAAGGGAUCCGAGCAACUUAAUUUUUACAUUUAAGGAGCAGACUUUGGGGCUAAACCUUUAAAACCCUUAAAUUUGGUUUUAGUUUAAGCCACUAAAUGACCACAAAAAGGACAUUUGAAAUAAGUGUACAUUAUGAAGUCUACUUUUACAGAAAAAUCUUGAAGAUAUUAAAGUACGAUAUUCCUUUAUUACUCCCCAAGGAGGAAAUUCCAAAAGUAAAAUUAUCUUUCACGGAAAAUUUGACCACAUCAAUGAUAAAUGCUCAACCUUUAACCAAAGAGCUUGUCUUAGUAUUCUAUUUUUUCAACAUAAAGAAGACUGAAAAAGUAGGAAUUGAAGUUUACACUGACAAAUACAAUUUACAGCCUUAUUUAGACCACUUAGGGUUUGCAAAGUGGACACUUUGAAUGUUCAAAACUAACCAGCAGUGCAUUUUGUACUUCAUGAGUUACAUUUCUGAAUUUAACUUUAAGGUCUUCUACCUAGCUUUCAAAGUUGUCUUUUACAUUUCUCCCAACAGGAGCAUUUGUUGAGAGUCGGCAGAUUUGAUCUUGGCCCUAUUACAACAAAGUCAGUUUCAAUCUAGUUUUUAUCUCAUACUUUGUAUGUUGUACAUUUUGGAAGCAUAGAAUAAUUUACAGUGAAUUUACCCCCCUCUCCUGUCAUACCUAAAAAUUACAGCUGGCUCUGCAUUGAAUGUGAGCAGCCACAAGAUGGCGCCCGUGAUCAGUUAAUAACGCUAGAGGCUUGAUGGACUAGAACUGACAUCUUAAAAAUAUGUGACAGAUAUUUUCCCAGAUGAGUUCUUGUUACCAUUUUUUUGGUAUUACAAGUCACUGAAAAAGACAUAAAAUGCUGAUUUUAGACAUGUGAUAUUUUUUAGAAUAAUGAGAUUUAUUCUCAUGGUUCUUGUUAAGAAAAGCGUCUCUCUUUUCUCUCCUAAUGCCAUUAGUGCUUAAUGGGUUCACUCGAUUGCUGUGUCAGAUGGUUUACAGGCUCUCUCUGUGAACAACAAACGGUGGCUUCUUGAUGCGUCCAAAAAACAAAUGUGCACAGUCAAAUUUUUCACCCAGCUGUGUGUGCAUGUGUGUGUCACAGCUUUUUCAACAUAAUACCAAAACACUGACUCAGUAAGAUCAGACCCACUCCCUGACAAUUUGCAGCAUCUCAAGAGGUCACAGUGAUGAAAAAAAACCUUGAACCUUUGAACAGGCACAAACUUUGAGCAGAACCAUACAGAUGUAACACAGUCAUCUGCUGCUACUGCACUAGGUUUGGAGAGGGGAUAGAGGGAGAUGUUCCCAAGAGAUGAAUUUAUAGGUUGUCUGGACAGAAAUAUAAAUUUCAACCCAUUGACUGGUCUGAAAACACUUUGAAGACAACCAAAAUUACACUAUCAGAUAUUUAACACAGCGAAACAUAAAAUCACAGAGCCAGCUGGUAAAUAGUGUCAAAUUGUUUGACAACUCUGGCAAGUGUGAGCAGAGCCAACAUCA